CCUGGAAUGUGGCCCGGGACUGUGGGGCAGCCAAGGGGCUGAGGUGACAGGGCUGCGGGUCUCUCCAGGACAGGCUGUGCCCCCAGAACCAGGUCCCCUGGGCAGGCUCUGUGUGACUUCCACCUGAUGCCCCAAAGGUAGAAGGGGUGUCCUUGUCCAUCUUUGGGCUGGGACAGGUCACCCCACCGUGGAGGCCCACCUGGCCCUGUGUUCCUGUCCCUCUCUGCUCCGUCCCCAUCCUGGGCAAAAGCCUCUUAGCGCCAGGCUGGGCGGGGGCAGGGGUGGGGACGCUCUAAGCCCCUGGCGGGGGAAGGAGUCCGCAGGAGAGCUCUGGCCACUGCACCAGGAGCGCCACGCAGAGGGGGUCCGCAAGACCCAUCCAGAAGCUUCCCUGCAGGCCUCGGGAGAUGUGAGGCAGGCACCCGAACUCGGGCUUGGUCCUGAGGGGAGAGGUGCCCUCCCGGGAGCCUUCCUGAACCAAGCCUCAGCAGCAGCGGUGGUGAUGGGUGCCGGCGGCCCCAGGCCAGGUGUGGGCCCCCCAGACGGCGGCUGGGGCUGGGUGGUGCUGGUCGCCUGCUUCGUGGUCACGGGCUUUGCUUAUGGCUUUCCCAAGGCCGUGAGCGUCUUCUUCCGCGAGCUCAUGCGCGACUUUGGCGCUGGCUACAGCGACACGGCCUGGGUGUCCUCCAUCAUGCUGGCCAUGCUCUACGGAACCGGCCCGGUGUCCAGCAUUCUUGUGACUCGCUUUGGCUGUCGCCCGGUGAUGCUGGCGGGUGGGCUUCUGGCCUCCGCGGGCAUGAUCUUGGCUUCCUUCGCCACGCGCCUGCUGGAGCUCUACCUGACGGCCGGGGUGCUCACAGGCCUGGGCCUGGCCCUCAACUUCCAGCCGUCGCUCAUCAUGCUGGGGCUGUACUUCGAGCGGCGGCGGCCUCUGGCCAACGGGCUGGCGGCGGCGGGCAGCCCGGUGUUCCUGUCUGCGUUGUCGCCGCUCGGCCAGCUGCUGCUCGAGCUCUUCGGCUGGCGCGGCGGCUUCCUGCUGUUCGGCGGCCUCCUGCUGCACUGCUGCGCCUGCGGAGCAGUCAUGCGGCCCCCGCCCGGGCCUGGGCCCCGGCCCCGGCCACGUGCGGACCGCGAGGAGGACUGCGCGGGGGACGCCCCCAGAGAGGCGGAGGCGGAUGCCGAGGGCACGAGGCUGCGGUUGCGCGAGGCGCCCCCUGGCGGCCGGACCCGCCGGCGCCUGCUGGACGUGGCCGUCUGCACGGAUCGUGCCUUCAUCGUGUACGUGGUCACCAAGUUCCUGAUGGCGCUCGGGCUCUUCGUGCCUGCCAUUCUGCUGGUGAACUACGCUAAGGACGCGGGUGUGCCUGACACUGAGGCCGCUUUCCUGCUGUCCAUUGUGGGCUUUGUGGACAUUGUGGCGCGGCCAGCGUGCGGAGCCCUCGCGGGUCUGGCGCGCCUGAGACCACACGUCCCCUACCUCUUCAGCCUGGCCCUACUGGCCAACGGGAUUACCGAUCUGAGCAGUGCGCGCGCGCGCUCCUACGGCACCCUUGUCGCCUUCUGCAUUGCCUUUGGCCUCUCCUAUGGCAUGGUGGGUGCGCUGCAGUUCGAGGUGCUUAUGGCAGCUGUGGGUGCGCCCCGCUUCCCCAGUGCGCUGGGCCUGGUGCUGCUCGUGGAGGCCGUGGCUGUGCUCAUCGGACCGCCUUCUGCAGGCCGCCUGGUGGACGCACUCAAGAACUACGAGAUCAUCUUCUACCUGGCUGGCUCAGAGGUGGCCCUGGCGGGGGUCUUCAUGGCUGUCGCCACCUACUGCUGCCUGCGCCGCUCUCGGGACACCCCACCUGGCCCCACCACUGGUGGGGCCAGUGACACUGAGGACGCUGAGGCGGAGGGGGAACCUGAGUCCCUGCCUUCCGGCACCCAGGAGCCCCGCAGCCUCGAGAGCCUGGAGGUGCCCAGCCCCCGGGCUGGGUCUGUGGGACAGGAGCGGGAGGCAGACCCAGGGCGGAGCCGGGAGUCUGUGUAGCACUGGGCGCGACUCCAGGCUUGACCUCUCAGAGGGCCUGGUCAGGGUGGUCCCUCCAGGGGGCAAGUUUGGGCUGCAGUUGAUCCCUUGGGUAUCCCAGGAAUGUCCUUCCCGCUGCCGGCCUCUGUCCCUCGCCAGUGAAGCCGUGUGGACCGACAGGAACUCACAUUGAUAAAGCUCAGCUGAAGCACGA